GAGCGUCGGGAUCGCCGCCCUCCUCCUCCUCCUCCUCACCCCCGUCCCCCAAGCUCCCUCCUCGCCCUCCAUGUGCCUCCUCUCCCGUCCUGCUGACUAGGAUGUCAACGGAGGAGCAGAGCCCGGCGCCGGCGGCCGAGCAGCCGCCGCCUCCUCCUCCACCGCCGCCACAACUCCCCGAGCCGGGAGCUCCCCCCACGGCGACGGCGGCGGCCGCCACAGACAAAAGACCUAGGGGCCGGCCUCGCAAAGAUGGCGCUUCCCCUUUCCAGAGAGUCAGGAAGAAGCCUCGAAGUAGAGGAAAACCUGCAGUGGAGGAUGAAGACAGCAUGGAUGGUUUGGAGGCAGCAGAAACAGAAAACACUGUGGAAACUGAAAUCAAGGAACAAUCUGCAGAGGAGGAUGCCCAAACUGAAGUGCAUGGUGACAAGAAGCUAACGCCAGUUCUUCAGCGCUCAGUGUCUGUGGAAUCUGCAAGCUCCAUUGCCUCUGUUGGUGUUGAAGCAAAAACCAGCAGUGAACAGCUCUGCGCCUUUUGUUAUUGUGGGGAACGAAGCUCAUUGGGACAAGGAGAACUUAAGCAGUUUAGUCCAACACCAGGGUUUAUCGCUCCAUGGAGCAACCAGUCUUUAAAUAAGAGUGAAACUGGUGACAGCAAUGACGGCAUUUGUGAGAGUACUCCAAGGCAGAAUUCAGUCCUACGCAAAUCAAGAGGACAAAAGAAAGAGAAGUCUCAUCAGAGCAUAACAUCUUGUAGAAGUAUAAGCACUCAAACUACUCCUGAUGAUCAGGUAGUCAAAUUCUGGGAUGAACUCACAAUGGUUGGCUUACCAGAUGACAUUGAUGUCCAAGCCUUAUUUGAGCCAACAGGUUACUGCUGGGCUCAUCACCGCUGUGCGGAAUGGUCACUUGGAAUUUGCCAGACUGAAGAGCAUCUACCAGUGAGUGUGGACAAAGCUGUUGUCUCAGGGAGCACAAAACGAUGUGCAUAUUGCAAGCACCUUGGAGCCACUAUCAAAUGCUGUGAAGAGAAAUGCACCCAGAUGUACCAUUAUCCAUGUGCUGCUGGAGCAGGCACUUUUCAGGACUUUAAUCAUUUUUCCCUUCUUUGCCCAGACCACAUUGACCAGGCUCCACAAAGAUCAAAGGAAGAAGCAAAUUGUGCAGUGUGUGAUAGCCCUGGCGACCUCUUAGAUCAGCUUUUUUGUACUACCUGUGGCCAGCAUUACCAUGGAAUGUGCCUGGAUAUACAAGUGACACCUAUAAAACGGGCAGGUUGGCAGUGUCCCGAUUGCAAAGUGUGCCAGAACUGCAAGCAUUCUGGAGAAGACAACAAGAUGCUUGUGUGUGAUACAUGUGACAAAGGGUAUCAUACUUUUUGUUUACAACCAGUUAUGGACUCUGUACCAACAAAUGGCUGGAAAUGCAAAAACUGCAGGGUAUGUGCAGAAUGUGGCACACGGACCAGUAGUCAGUGGCAUCACAACUGUCUUAUGUGUGAUAGUUGUUACCGUCAGCAAGACAAUUUGCCUUGUCCUUUCUGUGAAAAAUCCUCCAAUCCAGACUUGCAAAAAGACAAGUUGCGUUGUCACAUGUGCAAAAGGUGGAUUCACAUAGAAUGUGACAAAUUUCCCGAUAACGAACUGGAUACUCACUUAAAAGAAUACACCUGCAGUCUUUGCAAAUACUUAGAAGCAGAAGAGGAACAUGCACAGGCAUGUGAUGUGAUGGAUACUGCCCAACUUCUUCCUGAAACUGGUACAGUUUGUGCAGAUGAAAUGGAAACAGAAGAAGGAGGAGAUGUAGCCAACAAGGACCAACUAGUAAUGGAUAGCAGCCUUGCUCAAGAAUCAACGGUUAAGUGUGGCACAGAUGGCUUCUCAUUAAAUGAAAAUAAUGGUGAACUGGAAACAGAGGCUCCUGACCAUUUUGGUAAAAGUGAAAUUGAAACAUCUCUUAAAAAGACUCCUGCAUCUGAUCUUAAUCAUGCUGAUAAAAAGAUAGAAAUGACAGGAAAUAUUUCAAAUACAAUGCAGCAAGUCUUAGACAAGCAAACUGAGGAAACAAAACAAUCACAGGAAAGCACUGAGGUAUUUGAAAUGUCCACAGAGGAAUCUCAGCUUCCACCAGAGAUACCUGAGGAUGUAGCAAAGAUAUCGGAAACCUUCAGUUUGGUCAAUAGCGAGAGCAGCUCCUGUAAGAAGGAAGAGCAAGUAGAAACAACGAUGGCGUCAGAAGCUGCAGAAGGAGAUGACACUCCUGAAAAUUAUGAAACGUCAUCUCUUCCUGCAAAUGAAAGUUGUGCAACUGACAGUUCACCAUUGGAAGAUAAAUCUUUAAAGUCACCAGCUGAAACACAGUCUUUAUUUUCAUCAUCUGUUGAAUUAAACAAGUCCAGUGUGUCUUCCUCACCAACAGCCUCACUAGAGUUAGGCUCUUCGCAUGACACGAUGCGUAGUCAGAUGUCACCACUAGAAUCCUCUAUAACUCUUCCAACAACAUACGUAUCGCUCACUCCAAAAAUUGGAAUGGGAAAACCAGCUAUCACCAAAAGAAAGUUUUCUCCUGGGAGACCAAGGUCAAGACAGGGGGCUUGGAGUAGCCAUAAUACAGUGAGCCCACCUUCCUGGUCCCCAGACAUUUCAGAAGGUCGGGAAACUUUUAAGUCCAGACCGCUACCUGGCAGUGCCAUAUGGAGCAUCAAAGUGGGUCGUGGCUCAGGGUUUCCUGGGAAGCGGAGACCACGUGGUGCAGGCCUUUCUGGAAGAGGUGGACGGGGGAGAUCAAAACUUAAAAAUGGAAUUGGAUCUUUUCUUUCUCCAGGGGUCACAGAUAUGGACAUUUCAUCUAACAAAGACGAGGAAGAAAACUCAAUGCACAAUACUGUUGUUCUGUUUUCUAGCAGUGAUAAGUUUACUUUGCAUCAGGAUAUGUGUGUAGUUUGUGGGAGUUUUGGCAAAGGUGCAGAAGGACGAUUGCUUGCCUGCUCUCAGUGUGGUCAGUGUUACCAUCCAUACUGUGUCAGUAUUAAGAUAACAAAAGUGGUGCUCCACAAAGGUUGGAGAUGUCUGGAAUGCACUGUGUGUGAAGCCUGUGGGAAGGCUACAGAUCCGGGAAGACUGCUCCUUUGCGAUGAUUGUGAUAUCAGCUAUCACACUUACUGCCUAGAUCCGCCACUGCAGACAGUUCCUAAAGGAGGGUGGAAAUGCAAAUGGUGUGUUUGGUGCAGACAUUGUGGUGCUACGUCUCCUGGUCUUAGAUGUGAAUGGCAAAAUAAUUACACACAGUGUGCUCCCUGUGCAAGUUUAUCUACCUGCCCAGUCUGCUGUUGCAAUUACAGAGAAGAAGAGCUUAUUCUGCAAUGCAGACAGUGUGACAGAUGGAUGCACACAAUCUGUCAAAACUUAAACACAGACGAGGAAGUUGCAAGCACGGCUGACAGUGGCUUUGACUGUACCAUGUGUCAGCCAUACAUACCACCAGCAAAUGUGCCUUCCUCUGAAUGCUGUGAACCAUCGGUUGCCACUCAAAUUAUAACAAAAGCAAAGGAAUUUGACCCACCGAAGACAUACACUCAGGAUGGAGUCUGUCUGACAGAAACAGGGAUGUCUCAGUUACAGAGCCUCAGUGCUGUUGUACCAAGAAGAAAACGGACAAAGCCAAAGCUCAAGUUGAAGAUUAUAAACCAGAAUAGUGUGGCUGUACUCCAGACCCUGCCUGACAUCCAGUCAGAACAUUCGAGGGAUGGCGAGAUGGAUGACAGUAGAGAAGGAGAUCUCAUGGACUGUGAGGGAAAAUCUGAUACAAGCCCUGAACGGGAGCCUGCAGAUGAUGAUCCUAAAGGAGUAGAAGGAACUGAGGGGAUUAAAAAGAGAAAGAGAAAACCAUACAGACCUGGCAUUGGUGGAUUUAUGGUACGUCAGCGGAGUCGUACAGGACAGGGAAAAACAAAACGAUCUCUUUCAAGGAAGGACUCCUCUGGCUCUGUAUCUGAGCAGAUACCCAGCAGAGAUGAAAGUUGGAGUGAACAGCUACUAGAUACACCCGUUGAUGAAACUACUCCUGUUUCAGAGAAUACAGAAAAAAUUAAAAAGCGUUACAGGAAGAAGAAAAACAAGCUUGAAGAAAUCUUCCCAGCGUACUUGCAGGAAGCCUUCUUUGGAAAAGACCUCCUAGAUACCAGUAGACAAAGAAAACCAAGUUUAGAUAAUUUAUGUGAAGAGAGCCUUAACAUUUCUUGCAAAGCAAAUUUGAACACAAAUUUCCUAGAUCCAUCUUCAGAUCCACUUCUUAGCUCAACUUCCACUCCAGCUCCAUCAAAAUCCGGAAUACAAGGUACCUCGGAUGACCCAUUAGCUGCCCUUGUGCUGAGCACUGAUGAUGACAUACUUGGAAUUCUUUCUGAUGAUUUAGUGAAAUCUGGGGAUCAUUCAGGUCUUGAUUUAUGCACUUUCCAGGUUGAGAGCUCAUCCUCCCCUUUUGCUGGACUAGAUAUUGGACCGAUAUCGGAUGAUCCAUCCUCUAUACCUCCACAAAGCGUCAGUCAGAGUUCACGGCCACUGAGUGAAGAACAGUUAGAUAGAAUCCUGAGCCCUGAACUGGACAAGAUGGUCACAGAUGGUGCAAUUCUUGGCAAACUGUACAAGAUUCCAGAGCUGGGAGGAAAGGAUGUUGAAGACCUAUUUACUGCUGUACUGAGCCCUUCAGCUACUCAGUCAACUCCUUUGCCACAACCCCCACCACCGCCACCUCCUCAACUCAUGCAUUUGCAUAAUCAAGGAGAGAAUGCAUUUUCAAGAGUUCCACUUAUAAAUGGCCUAAUUGGACCAAGCCCCCACCUCCCUCAUACAACUUUGGUUCCAGGAGGAGGUAUAGGCUCAUUUUCUACAAUAGCACAGCCACCAUACACAGACACAAGGGAUAAGAAUACAGCAUUUAAUGCGGUGAUGAAUGAUCCCACCAGUUCUUGGGUUCCUUCUGCUACACCACUGGAUGGUGAAGGUGAUACCAUGUCUAACGCGCAGAGAAGCACUCUUAAGUGGGAAAAGGAAGAAGCACUUGGUGAAAUGGCAACUGUAGCACCUGUUUUGUACACAAAUAUCAAUUUUCCAAAUCUAAAGGAGGAGUUCCCAGAUUGGACUACAAGAGUGAAGCAAAUUGCUAAAUUGUGGAGGAAAGCAAGCUCACAAGAAAGAGCUCCAUAUGUGCAAAAAGCCCGAGAUAAUAGAGCUGCCUUACGGAUCAACAAAGUGCAGAUGUCUAAUGAUUCCAUGAAAAGGCAGCAGCAGCAGGAUAGCAUUGAUCCAAGCUCUCGUAUCGACACUGAACUCUUUAAGGACCCAUUAAAGCAGAGGGAAUCAGAGCAUGAGCAAGAGUGGAAAUUUAGACAGCAAAUGCGUCAGAAAAGUAAACAGCAAGCUAAAAUUGAAGCAACUCAGAAACUUGAGCAAGUGAAAAAUGAGCAGCAGCAACAGCAGCAACUGCAACAACAACUUGGGUCACAGCAGCUUUUGAACCAGUCAGGUUCAGAUACACCUAGUAGUGGGAUUCAAAGUCCUUUAACCCCUCAGACUGGCAAUGGAAGUAUGUCUCCUGCACAACAGACAUUAUAUACAAAACAGGUUCCUGGUACCCCUACUUCUACACCUUCUGAUGUUUUCUUAAAGCCACAGGCCCCACCUCCACCUGCGACACCAAAUAGAAUGCCUGUUCAAGAUGCACAUUGCCAGGCACCAUCACAACAGAUGUUUCCUCCUUGCUCCUCUACCAGACCACCUUCUCCUGUUGACCCUUAUGCAAAAAUGGUGGGAACUCCUAGGCCACCACCUGUUAACCAAAAUCAAAACUUUGUCAGAAUAAAUUCUGUUACAUCAGUAGAUAUCUGUCCACCCCCUUCACCCCUAUCCAGGCCAGCUCAGGCAUCUGAAUCAACAGGAAGCAGGCCAUCACCUGUCAGAGAUUCAUGUUCUUUGUCUCCAGUCAACAGUGACCCUUAUGCAAAAGCUCCAGAUACACCCAGGCCUACAAUGGGAACGGAACCUUUCUCCAAACCUUUGGGGAUAUCAAGAUCACCUUUAAUUGCAGAACAACCAGGGAAAGCAUCUUUAUCAGUGGCAAACAGCGACCCCUUUGCUAAACCGCCUCCAAGAACAGAUGCGUUUCAAAGGCCCCGGAUGUCUCCUGCUGACUCAUAUGCACGCCCACCAUUGACUCCCAUUCCUGUUGUUGAGGGAAGUCCUGGCCCAUUUAAAACUCCAAUGCGCCCAACUCAGUCCCCACAAGAUCCGUAUGCUUCAAUGCCCCCAACCCCACGGCGCAUGUCUGUGGACCCCUAUGAACGGCCUGUUUUGACACCAAGGCCAGUAGAUAGCUUUUCACACAAUCCAUCUAAUGACCCAUAUAGUCAGCCUCCUCUGACUCCACACCCAGCAAUAAAAGAGACUUUUGCUCACCCACAAAGAGUAGUGCGAAACCAGGGUGAUUCUUUUUCUCAGUCUGGAACUAUUUCAAGGGCAGUUGCUCAGGACCCCUACGCCCAGCUUCCGGGUACUCCUCGGCCUGUCUCAGAUCCCUACGCCCAGCCUCCGGGUACCCCUCGGCCUGUCUCAGACCCCUACGCCCAGCCUCCGGGUACUCCUCGGCCUGUCGCAGACCCCUACGCCCAGCCUCCGGGUACCCCUCGGCCUGUCUCAGAUCCCUACGCCCAGCCUCCGGGUACUCCUCGGCCUGUCGCAGACCCCUACGCCCAGCCUCCGGGUACUCCUCGGCCUGUCGCAGACCCCUACGCCCAGCCUCCGGGUACUCCUCGACCUGUCUCAGAUCCCUACGCCCAGCCUCCGGGUACUCCUCGCCCCACUGCUGUUGACCCAUACAUGCAUCAGCCACUCACACCAAGACCUUCACAGACUGGAGACUUAUUUGCUCAGGUUUCAGCUAAUCAAAGGCAUUCUGAUCCAUAUGCCCAACCGCCAGGUACACCAAGGCCGGUUAGUAGUGAUCCAUAUUCUCAACCACCAGCAACACCAAGGCCUGGAAUUCCAGAACCUUACAGUAGACCAGCCCUAAUGUCAAAUCGUGAUCCUUAUCUGCAGGCAUCACAGAACAGGACCUUACCUGGGACAUUUGUAAGGCCAUCAGAUCCGUGUUCUCAGCCUCCAAAGCUAUUGGGACCUGCUGUGACAGAUUCUUUUAGCCAUGCUUCAACAGCACCACCUUGUGAUCCUUAUGAUCAACCUCCAAUGACUCCAAGACCUCAGCCAGAAACUUUUGGAACCGCUCAGCUUCCCCACGAUGUUGCAGAUCAGCCAAGAUCUGGAUCAGAGGGGAACUUGGGCUCAUCUGCAAACUCUUCCAUGAGCUUGCAGGGAAAACAGUUCCCCCAAGCUUCUCCUGGCCCAGUACCAACAGCUGGAGCAACAAAUACGCAGACCACAAUGUCUCAGGCAGAUGCAGAAAAAAUAAGACAACGCCAGAAAUUACGUGAGAUUAUUCUGCAGCAGCAGCAACAAAAGAAGAAUGCAAUCCGUCAAGAGAAAAUGCCACAAGAGCCUACCACAGCACCUCAUGCAGGAUCUACUCAACCAUGGCAGCAGCAAGAAAAUCUGAACCAGAUUUUUAACAGGCCUCCUCCUCCGUAUCCUGGGAAUAUUAGGUCAGCCAUUGUCCCUCCCAGCGGACUGAGGUUCACAGGUUUUCCCAUCGAUGGGCAGUUUAAUAGACCCCAAUUUCCAGGAGAUAUGGGUGGAAUGGCAAUGAGACCUCAUGGAAUUAGAUUUGGCUUUUCUGGAGGUGGUCAUGGUCCUCCACCAUGUCAAGAACGUUUCCUUGGGCCUCCCCAGCAAAUGCAACGUGCUGGAGUUCCACCACAACUCAGAAGAUCAAUUGACAUGCCUAGACUCCCUAACAAGCCACAAAUGGGCAACCCUAUUGGACUCUCACAGCAUUUCCCACCGCAAGGUAUUCAGGUUCAACAGCACAACAUCAUGGGGCAGGCAUUUAUUGAGCUCUGUCACAGAGCACCUGAAGGCAGGCCAAGACUUCCUUUCAAUUCCUCGUCAUCUGUUACAAACACAGUCCCCCAGCAUCAACAACAUACAGGGUUUGUACCUAGACAGGACUGUCAAGGCCCAAGACACCUAGAGCCCACAAGACGUAAUUCUCAAAGCCUAAACAAUCCAUUGCAUGUGGCAACGGGUUUGGAGCAUUUACCGCCAGGUCAGCAAGCUAUAGUGAAUCCCAACCACCCACCUGUAUUAGUCAUGUGUUCUUUAGGUCAUCCACCAGUUAAUGAUGCUUUUUCAGGAGCUUCUUUGCCAACAACAACACCUACGGAGGCAGCAAGUGACUUACAGAUUCCCAACCAACCCACUGAUGGAUUAGAAGAAAAGCUUGAUCCUGAUGACUCCUCUGUAAAAGAUUUAGAUGUCAAGGACCUUGAGGGUGUUGAGGUUAAAGAUUUAGUUGACGAGGACCUUGAAAAUCUAAAUCUAGACCCAGAAGAUGGCAAAGGAGAUGAACUGGACACAUUAGAUAAUCUUGAAACGAAUGAUCGCCACCUUGAUUACCUCCUAAGAUCAGGUGAAUUUGACAUAAUUGCCUACACUGAUCCAGACCACGAUUUGGGUGACAAAAAAGGUAUGUUUAGUGAGGAGCUAGAUCUUAAUGUCCCCAUAGAUGAAAUACAAGGCAAAGCAGAAGAUACUCAGCAAAAGCAGCAGGAUGAGAAAGCUGCCACUCCUGCAGCAAUGUCUCCUCAGAAAAAAACUGCUGAAGUCAGUGAAAUUAAAACAGAAGUUAUGUCCCCAAACACAUUAGAAGAAACUAAAUCUGAAAGUGAAAAAAGAGAUGUAAGUGUGGCAUCCUCCGGCGCUCAGUUUAUGACUGAAACAGAGUUACAUGAUGGAGAGGCAACAUCUGUGAUGCCCCAUAAUGUGGAAUUACCUGGCAAAACAAAUAUGAAUGAGGAAAUCACUGUUCCCAGCUCAGAUACUGUUCCGGGCCCUGCUCCAACAUCAGCUCAAGGUUCUUGCAAUAUCUCUGGAUCCACUCCUGUUCUUACAAGUUUGUUAGCUAAUGAGAAUUCAGAAAACCCUGAUGUCGGGCCUCUGGGCUCUCCGCCUAAUCCACAGCCAGCAGCACAAAUCAACCCUGUUUCAAGUAUGCCGCAAACUUUAAUGACAUCUGCUGGUCAAACCAUGGAAAAUACUGUACCUAAUGUGAACAUGGUUCCACAAAUAAGCCAUAACUUCUCACAAGGGACGGUGGUAAAUCCAGCCUUUAUUCCUGGCCAGACAGCUAAUAGCUUUGGGGCAGUGCAGCCUGGUAAUCAAACUGUGCCUGCUGUAAAUCGACCCGGCCCCAGUGGUAUGCCUGGGCCACAGCCGAUGAUGAUUCCACAAACAUUAGCCCAGCAGCAAAAUCGAGAGAGGCCUCUUCUGCUAGAAGAACAGCCUCUUCUGCUGCAAGAUCUUUUGGAUCAAGAAAGGCAAGAGCAGCAGCAGCAGCGACAGAUGCAGGCCAUGAUUCGCCAGCGUUCAGAGCCAUUUUUCCCCAACAUUGAUUUUGAUGCAAUCACUGAUCCUAUAAUGAAAGCGAAAAUGGUGGCUCUGAAAGGGAUCAAUAAAGUAAUGGCACAGAACAAUAUGGGCAUGCCACAAAUGGUCAUGAACAGAUUUGCCUUUAUGGGUCAAGCAGUGCCAGGAGUACCAAGUGGUGAAAGCCAGAAUCUUGUCCAGCAAGCAAUCACACAGGAUGGAAACCUAACACCGCAGAUGUCUAGGCCCAACCCUCCAAAUUUUGGUCCUGGUUUUGUAAAUGAUUCACACAGAAAGCAAUAUGAAGAAUGGCUACAAGAAACACAGCAGCUUCUUCAGAUGCAACAGAAAUUCCUUGAAGAACAAAUUGGAGCACACAGAAAAUCAAAAAAGGCACUAUCUGCAAAACAGCGCACUGCAAAGAAAGCUGGUCGAGAAUUCCCAGAGGAAGAUGCAGAGCAGCUCAAGCAUGUUACUGAGCAGCAGAGUAUGGUUCAAAAACAGCUUGAACAGAUACGAAAGCAACAGAAAGAGCAUGCAGAACUCAUUGAAGAAUAUCGGAUUAAACAGCAACAAUGUGGAAUGGGACCCCAUGCAAUGAUGCCAGGUAUGCCUGCUCAGCCUGCAAUGGUCACAGGAGGAUCUCCACCAGCAGUGGGUCAGCAGAAUUUCCCAAUGGUAUCUCAACAGCUUCAGCAUCAACAGCAUGCCAUAGUUGUUCCUGGACAACCCAAUCCACCCAGAAUGCCAAGUUUGCCUGGAUGGCAACCGCCCAGUGCUGCUUCAGCACACAUCCCACACAAUGUACCAAGGAUGCAGCCGCCAAUGGCACAGUUGCCGGUGAAUCCUGUUACUCCCACUUCUGUGUCAGCUCCUAGCUCAAAUGUGCAGUCAGGGCCACCACCACGUGUAGAAUUCGAUGACAACAACCCAUUUAGUGAAAGCUUUCAAGAGCGUGAGCGAAAGGAGCGUUUGCGAGAGCAGCAGGAAAGGCAACGAAUUCAGCUUAUGCAGGAGGUGGAUCGGCAGAGAGCUCUGCAGCAGAAAAUGGAAAUGGAACAGCACAGUGCAAUGGGCUCAGAAUUAAAUGCCAGAACUUCUUUGCCUCAAAUACCGUUCUUCAAUUCAGACCUACCUAGUGAUUUCAUGCGGCCUCCACGGCCUCCUCAGCAAUCUCCACAGCAUCAACAGCAGCAGAUGGGACCCAUUAUGCAGCAAGGACCUCUAAACUCCCCACCUCCUUCCAGCUUUCCGCAGUGUGGUGAGCGGCAGCCAGUGGGAUCUUCCUCCUUUGUACCCGAUCCUCCCCCACUUCCAGACGGAAGUCCCCCUUUCCAUUCUGUGAAGCAGCCGCGUGGAAGCUUUUCACAGUACCAGGUUCGGCCUCAGUUUGCCACUGGUCUCCCUGGAGUUUCUCCUGGAACUGGCAGUGGUCCCCCCUGUGGUCAGGACGCCAUGCCCCAUGGAACAAACUUUCCUGGAACAAGUCAGUCUCUCAUCCAGUUGUAUUCUGAUAUCAUUCCAGAGGAGAAGGGCAAAAAGAAAAGAACCCGAAAGAAGAAGAAAGAGGACGAUGCUGAGUCAGUAAAUACCCCAUCAACCCCACAUUCAGAUAUAACUGCACCCCCAACUCCAGUUGUUUCAGACGCUGUCUCCACCCCAACAGUUAGCACGCCUGGUGAACUUCCACGGCAUCCAGGAGAAUCGGAGGCAGAGGAGCUGCCAGGCUCAUCACCUCCAGAUGCUGCAGAGAGUCAGUCUUCCUUAGAAUUGAAAAGUCAGCUCUCCAGUACUGAUUUGCCACAAAACAUAUUGCCUGAGCAGCCAGGCAUGAACCAGGAGACAGACAAGGACAAGACAGAGGCUUCUAUGAGCAUUCAGGAAAUUAAUCAGGAAAAGACAAGCGCUGAUCAAUGCCCUAGUGAGGCUGAGCCUAAGAUGGAGAAUGAAAAUGGCAUUAAAGUGGAAGAGGAGAAAGCUACUGUGCAGCCUUCCCCUUCUUUGCAGAAUCAGGCACAACCUGACAGCAUUCCAGCAGCAAAAGGGGAAUCAGGGAACGAACUCCUCAAACACUUGCUUAAGAACAAAAAAUCUGCCUCUCUUUUCAAGCAGAAAGCAGAAAGCAGCUUACAGUCAGAAGAGAGCGCUAAGGAGAGCAAAUUCGUGGGGAAACGGGAUCCGAUGGAAGGCAGCAUGCAAUCAUUAGGGAAUCCAUUGCAGGGUACAUUUGGAUGUGGUAACAGCCAGCUUCAGAGAGCAGAUUUAGGACAUGAAAUGAAAAAACAACGAAAUAAACGAACUCAGAGGGCGGGUGAGAAGGCAGCACCUCGAUCUAAGAAGAGAAAAAAAGAGGAAGAGGAAAAGCAUGCUAUUUAUCCUAACACCGAAACAUUUAUGCAGUUAAAACAGCAGAAUAACUUGAGUAACCCUCCCACUCCUCCGGCCUCCCUCCCUCCUACGCCUCCACCUGUGACUUGCCAAAAAAUGGUAAAUGGAUUUGCAACCACUGAAGAACUUGCUACAAAGGCUGGAAUGCUUGGAGGGCAUGAUGUUACCAAAGCUCUGGGACCGAAGCAGUUUCAGCUGCCUUUCAGACCACAGGAUGAUCUGUUAGCCAGAGCCAUGGCUCAGGGUCCUAAAAGUGUGGAUGUUCCUGCUUCUCUUCCAACCCCGCCUCAUAACAAUCAUGAAGAGCUGAGGGUUCAGGAUCCUUGUGAUGACAGAGACACUCCUGACAGCUUCGUUCCUUCCUCCUCUCCCGAGAGCGUAAUGGGCAUGGAAAUAAGUAGAUACCCUGAUCUGUCAGCAGUAAAGGAAGAGAUGCCCGAACCUGUUCCAUCCCCCAUCAUUCCAAUUCUGCCUGCCAGUACUGGAAAAGGUUCAGAAGAAAAAAGGAAUUAUAUCAAAACAGAGCCUGGUUCUGGCUUCUUUGGCUCUCAGCUUGGUCCUUCUCAAAAUGGUCCAAAAUCUGGCCUUGUAUCCAUAGCAAUUACUUUACAUCCCACAGCUGCAGAGAAUAUUGGCAGUGUGGUGGCUGCAUUUUCCAAUCUUCUGCAUGUCAGAAUUCCAAACAGUUAUGAAGUGAGCAGUGCACCAGAUGUUCCAUCCUCUCUGGGAAUCAUGAACUCUCACAGAGCAAAUGUAGCCUUUGAGUACAGGCAGCACUUGUUACUUCACGGUCCUCAGGCAGGCACUGUAGGGCCUCCUGGACUAACAGGGCCUUACGGACUCAAACAACAUAAUAUGCCAUUUCCCCCAAGUGGUAACGUCUUGGCAGGCUAUAAGGCACACAGUCCACAUGUUGCAGAUGGUUCAGGGUUGAGGUCACAGUGGUGCUCUCAUUGUAAAGUCGUAGUUCUGGGCAGUGGAGUACGGAAAUCCUUCAGUGAUCUACCUUUCCUGAAACAGGAUUCUAGAGAGAAGUCUGAAAGAAUGGAGAAAGACAUUGUCUUCUGUAGCAACAACUGCUUUGUUCUUUAUUCAGCAUCCAUGCAAGCAAAAAGCUCAGAAAGCAAGGAAUCAAUUCCUACCUUGCCACAGUUUCCAUUGAAGGAGGCAGCCCCGAAAGUGUUCCAUCAGUAUAACAACAACAUCUCUACGUUAGAUGUGCACUGCCUCCCUCAGCUACAGGAAAAGAUUUCUCCGCCUUCCUCGCCCCUUAUCACCUUCCCUCCUGCUUUUGAAGCAGCCAGAGUCGAGCCAAAACCAGAUGAGCUUAAGGUAACAGUGAAGCUAAAACCCCGCCUGAGAACUAUACCGAAUGGUCUGGAUGACUGUCGACCAGUAAGUAAGAAAUGGAAAGGAAUGAAGUGGAAAAAGUGGAACAUACAGAUUGUGAUUCCUAAAGGAACAUUCAAACCUCCUUGUGAUGAGGAGAUAGAUGAAUUCCUCAAAAAGCUGGGCACAACCAUUAAACCUGAUCCAGUGCCGAAGGACUACCGAAAGUGUUGUUUCUGUCAUGAGGAGGGCGAUGGGCUAACAGAUGGACCAGCAAGACUUCUAAACCUUGACUUAGAUGUUUGGGUCCACUUGAACUGUGCUCUUUGGUCUACUGAGGUCUAUGAGACACAAGCUGGUGCCUUAAUCAACGUGGAGCUCGCCCUGCGAAGGGGCUUGCAGAUGAAAUGCAUGUUCUGUCACAAAAUGGGCGCCACCAGCGGCUGUCACAGGUUAAGGUGCACCAAUAUUUAUCACUUUACCUGUGCCAUUAAAGCACAAUGCAUGUUUUUUAAAGACAAAACUAUGCUUUGCCCUAUGCACAAACCAAAGGGCGCUCACGAGCAAGAACUCAGCUAUUUUGCAGUCUUCAGGCGGGUAUACGUCCAGCGGGAUGAAGUCCGACAAAUUGCCAGCAUAGUCCAACGGGGGGAUCGCGAGCACACCUUCCGGGUGGGGAGCCUCAUCUUCCACACGAUUGGCCAGCUGCUGCCACACCAGAUGCAGGCCUUCCAUUCUUCAAAGGUGCUCUACCCUGUGGGUUACGAGGCCAGCCGGUUGUAUUGGAGCACACGCUAUGCCAACCGCAGGUGUCGCUACCUGUGUUCCAUUGAAGAGAAGGAUGGUCUUCCCCUCUUUGUGAUCAGGAUCAUUGAGCAAGGCCAUGAAGACCUGGUUCUUACUGACUCAACCCCUAAAGGUGUUUGGGAUAAAAUCCUAGAGCCUGUUGCUUCAGUAAGGAGGAGUUCUGAAAUGCUGCAGCUAUUCCCUGCAUAUCUAAAGGGUGAAGACCUCUUUGGUUUGACUGUCUCUGCAGUGGCUAGGAUUGCUGAAUCGCUUCCUGGGGUUGAGGCUUGUGAACAUUACACCUUCCGGUAUGGCCGAAACCCCCUCAUGGAACUUCCUCUUGCCAUCAACCCCACAGGCUGCGCCCGCUCUGAGCCAAAAAUGAGCAGCCAUGUCAAGAGGUUUGUGUUAAGGCCUCAUACCUUAAAUAGCACCAGCACUUCAAAGUCAUUUCAGAGCACAGUUACAGGAGAACUGAAUGCACCUUACAGUAAACAGUUUGUUCAUUCAAAGUCCUCUCAGUACCGAAAAAUGAAGACCGAAUGGAAAUCCAACGUCUAUUUGGCACGCUCACGUAUUCAGGGCCUGGGCUUAUAUGCUGCUAGAGACAUUGAAAAGCACACCAUGGUCAUUGAAUAUAUUGGAACCAUCAUCCGCAAUGAGGUAGCCAACAGGAAAGAGAAGCUUUAUGAAUCUCAGAAUCGCGGCGUGUACAUGUUCCGCAUUGACAAUGACCAUGUCAUUGAUGCCACAUUGACAGGAGGUCCUGCAAGGUAUAUUAACCAUUCCUGUGCACCAAACUGUGUGGCUGAGGUGGUAACCUUUGAAAGGGGACAUAAGAUCAUCAUUAGCUCUAGCAGGAGAAUCCAGAAGGGAGAAGAGCUCUGUUAUGACUAUAAGUUUGAUUUUGAAGAUGACCAGCACAAGAUUCCAUGUCACUGUGGAGCUGUAAACUGCCGAAAAU